GCAUAUGGUCAAAGGAAAAUUGGACCUUUCAACAUCGAGAAGCACAAGUGGCCUGGUCAAAACCGAGAAUUUCCAGAAUUAUCCCCCAAAUGGCAUAAGGAGAACCCAGAGCAAUUACACAGGUAUACGGGCGCCCACGAUGAAGGUUAUGUCGAUCCCGUUACUGGAGAGUUUGUUGUGGUCCCGGAAAUGCAAGCUAAACUUGUUGUACCAAAUUUAGAAGGGUUCAAGUUGAAGCCUUACGUUUCAUAUCGAACCGACGUAGAAAUAGAAAAGAGGAGGCGAAUAUAUGAAGCCAAGGUAAGAGAAAAAGGUUCAAAAGCUCUAGCCGACCUCUACACACUUGAGGACCAACGCUGGCCCCCACCAAAGAUGGAUGCUGAAACUUUGUUCGAGUUGUCAUAUGGGGAACAGAUACGGCAGGCUUACAAAGAAGGAAAAUAUGGAACUGUGGAGGAUAAAAAGGAUGAGAAAUCAUGA